ACUCCAUCUUUCACAACUGCUAAUGAGAGUUAUGGAAAUCAUUACCUUGGUUGUUCCUCUGCUUCUGGCGUUGCCUUUACCUUCUGCAUCACUACCGUUGUGCACUGACUUACGGGCACCUUCAACCUCAAAUGGCAGUCUGGCUUUCUGUCCAUAUAGUGGGAAAGUGUGCUGCAGUCCUUCAGAAGAUGUGCAACUGCAAAAGCAUUUUGUGGACAUGAACAUAUCUGAUUCUGCUUGUGCUUCUGUUGUGAAAUCAAUCCUUUGUGCAACCUGUGAUCCUUUUGCUGCAAAAUUAUUUAAUGUUGGUUUGGAGAGUCGUCAAGUUCCAAUACUCUGCAACUCUAGCUCAGGCGCGGCAGUCUCAUCCUUGUCAAGCCAGACAGACGAUAGCUUCUGUUCAACUGUAUGGAACACUUGUCUAGAUGUCUUGAUUUUGAAUUCUCCCUUUGCCCCUGCACUAAGGACGAAGGCUCCAGUUCCAAGAAAUGCCACUUUGUCCAAAUUAACGGACCUCUGGCAGUCGGAAUCUGACUUCUGCAAUGCAUUUGGUGGUUCCACUGAUGAAAAUGCAUUGUGCUUUAAUGGUCAACCUGUUUCACUAAACAAAACAGAUACUUUGCCUCCACCCAAUGGACUAUGCCUCGAGAAAAUUGGCACCGGCUCUUACAUCAAUAUGGUUUCUCAUCCUGAUGGCUCAAACCGUGCCUUCUUCUCCAGCCAGGCAGGCAAAAUCUGGCUGGCCACUAUUCCUGAUCAAGAUUCAGGUGAAGAAUUGGGAAUUGAUGAAUCCAAUCCAUUUGUUGAUUUAACAGAUCAGGUUUACCUGGGGCAAAGCUUGGGGCUGAUGGGAAUGGCAUUUCAUCCAAACUUUGCAAAGAAUGGCCGUUUCUUUGCAUCCUUCAACUGUGAUAAAGCAACGUCUGCAGGAUGCAGUGGGACAUGUGCAUGCAACUCAGGUGUGGAUUGUGACCCCUCACAGUUAGGGUCUUUGGGUACCGGAGAGGUCUGCAAGUACCACAGUGUCAUUGCUGAGUAUACUGCUAAUGGAACCGCUGCAAGUCCAUCACUGUCAGAAAAUGCAAAACCACAAGAAGUAAGAAGAAUCUUCACAUUGGGGCUACCCUUUACAGCAAAUCAUGGUGGACAAAUUCUUUUUGGUCCAAAUGAUGGCUAUCUGUAUAUCAUGAUGGGAGAUGGCGGAAGCAAAGGCGAUCCCUACAAUUUUGCUCAAAAUAAGAAAUCAUUGCUUGGAAAAAUUAUGAGGGUUGAUGUGGAUAAUCUCCCAAGUGAAGAAGAAAUAAUUAAGCUCAAUAGAUGGGGAAAUUAUUCAGUCCCUCAAGAUAACCCUUUCUCAGAAGAUAAAGGAAUGGAACCAGAAAUAUGGGCUUACGGGUUUAGAAAUCCAUGGCGCUGCAGCUUUGAUUCGGAAAGACAUUCUUACUUCAUAUGUGCAGAUAUUGGACAGGAUGAUUAUGAGGAAGUUGACAUCAUUUAUAAAGGUGGAAACUAUGGAUGGCGUGUGUAUGAAGGUCCUAUUGUUUUCCAGCCGCAGAAAACUCCAGGGGGCAACACUUCUAUUGAUUCCAUAGAUCCCAUCUUUCCAGUGCUUGGAUACAGCCAUUCCCAGAUUAAUAGACUUGGUUCCGCAGCAAUAUCAGGUGGAUACAUCUACAGGGCACAGACUGAUCCAUGCACCUACGGAAGUUAUUUGUAUGGAGAUCUGUAUUCGAGGCAUAUCUGGGCAGCAUCAGAAACCCCUCAGAAUAGUGGAAACUUCACAAGCAGUGAUACUCCUUUCAGCUGCGCUCCUGAUUCUCCCAUUAAGUGUGAUUUAGUGAUAAACACCAAUCUUCCAGCUCUACAGUACAUAUUCUCUUUUGGACAAGAUAACAGAAAAGAUGUCUACAUUCUAACACAAAGUGGGGUGUACAGAGUAGUUCGUCCAAGCCGAUGCAAUUACUCCUGUUCAAAGGAAGUUGUGGCACCUAGGAAUCCUCCUCCCCCUGCUCCAUCUCAAAGCUAUGCUGCUCAUCCGCAAUCACUUUCAAUGAUUUUUUCUGCUUCAGUUCUUUUGCUGGAGCUUUUCUUGUAA